UCCCAGGCAGACAACUGCCUUCUCACACUUCUGACUCCCUCCCACUCCCCUGCCCACCCACAAACACAUGUAUCUCUUCCUCUCAGCCUUUCCUCUGUACACAGCUCUGUGUCUGUGCUGUCACCAGGGGCAGGUUGCUGGAAGGAGGUGGCCUUUUUCAAUGGAUUUCCACUGGUUCCUUGUGGCCAUCCUGGCUCCUCUGGGCGGGGCUGUUCAGCAAUCACCAGAUACAGUCAUCCAAGUGGGAGACCCUGUGAUUCUGAACUGCUCCGGAACGUUGAGUGGAGUCAGUACCAUGCACUGGUACAAGUUGCCCACUGGGAAGGAUACCUCUCUUCUGUUGGUUGUAUACUCAGUGGAAAGUAGCAAAGCAUAUAUUGAGAAGGAAUUCCUAAAUCACAUCCAGAGUAAUGGGACUAAGAACAAACGUUUAUCUAUGAAGAUAGAUCAUGCCCUACUCAAUGACUCAGGCACAUAUUUCUGUGCUGAACAAGAUCCCAUCGAAAGACUGUACUUUGGCAGUGGGACAAAACUCACAGUCAUAGAGAAGAAUAAGGAAAUCAUACCUCCAUCUGUGGCCAUCUUUUACCCAUCGAAGCAGGAAAUCCAACAGAAGAACAAGGCCACACUGGUGUGCCUGGCCUCUGGUUUCUACCCUGACCACCUGACUCUGGUCUGGAUGGUAAAUGAUGUUAAAAGGACAAAAGGAGUGGGGACAGAUGAAUUCUCCACACAGAAUGGGAGUACCUACUCGCUGACCAGCCGACUGAGGAUCCCAGCCUGGGAAUGGUUCAACCCUUUGAAUCAUUUUGAGUGUGUUGCCAAUUUUUUUCAGAAUGGAAAAGAGGAAUCCGUACACAAAGUUAUCUCUGGUGAUGCUGGUUGUGCAGUUACAGAAGACUCGUACUUGCGGUAUGGAAAUUCUAUGAAGCUCACUUACCUCAUUCUCUGUGGCAAAGCCUUGAUCUAUGCAGUUUUGGUGAGCAGUCUGUUGUGGAGAACCAAGGUAGGUGGCAAGUUGUAUAAAGAAUAAAUGAAGACCCCUCUUCAUCACGUCAGCAGAAACACAACAAGUUAUACCCUCUACCUUUCCAUAGCAAAGGAUCUAUGCUUCUAAGAACUUCUAAAUAUUUUUUGAUGAUUCUUUGUCCCACUCCUGUUCUCCACUUUGUUGUACUCACUGCUGGAUUUUUCCUGUGCUUCCAUAUCAUAUAUUAUCAUAUUGUAUUGUCUCAUAUGUUUAAAACUAGCACCUUCUUAAUGCUCAGAGGCUGAGAACUCAGAUCAUUGAUUUAGGAAUAAAUUUUUAUCUUCUUUUCCGUUGAAAAAA